UUGAAAUGCAGAACUCAUACCUCUUUCAUCAGGGCACAGACUUCCUUUUAUUCCUUUCUCUUUAAGUUCUUUCUGUCUGCUCCUGGGAUCAAUCGGAGGGACCCGUGGCCAGAGCUAGAGGAGACAGAAAUAUCGAAGCACUAAGGAGAUAGCGAAAAUUUGUUCUUGGAAUUCUAGAGUCUCUUAUUGGUGUCCCCGCUCAAAGCAAUGGAGCCAGCUUUCGGGGAGGUCAACCAGCUGGGAGGGGUAUUCGUGAACGGGAGGCCUUUACCCAACGCCAUCAGACUCCGCAUCGUGGAACUGGCCCAAUUGGGCAUCCGACCCUGUGACAUCAGCCGGCAGUUAAGAGUGUCCCAUGGCUGUGUCAGUAAGAUACUGGCGCGCUACAAUGAGACUGGCUCCAUCUUACCUGGGGCCAUUGGGGGCAGCAAACCUCGGGUUACCACCCCCACAGUAGUGAAACAUAUCCGGACCUACAAGCAGAGGGACCCAGGAAUCUUUGCCUGGGAGAUACGCGAUCGUUUGUUAGCAGACGGUGUGUGUGACAAGUACAACGUUCCUUCAGUCAGUUCCAUCAGCCGAAUCCUGCGCAACAAGAUUGGUAACCUGUCUCAGCAGAGCCAGUACGACUCUUACAAACAGCAUCAGCCACCACCGCAGCCCGCCUUGCCUUAUAACCAUAUAUAUUCCUAUCCAAGUCCCAUUACUGCCGCAGCAGCCAAAGUACCCACUCCUCCCGGAGUGCCUGGAAUUCCUGGCAACAUGGCCAUGCCUAGAACCUGGCCCUCUUCGCACUCUGUCACGGAUAUCCUGGGAAUCCGCUCCAUCACAGACCAAGUGAGCGACAGCUCCCCCUACCACAGUCCAAAGGUAGAAGAGUGGAGCAGUUUGGGCCGCAACAACUUUUCCACCCCUGCCCCGCACCCGGUCAAUGGGCUGGAGAAAGGGUCUUUGGAGCAGGAGGUCAAAUAUGGACAGGCACCAAAUGGUCUCCCAGCCGUCAGCAGUUUUGUGUCAGCAUCCAGCAUGGCUCCUUACCCUACCCCAGCCCAAGUGCCACCUUAUAUGACAUACAGCGCUGCUCCUUCUGGUUACGUUGCUGGACAUGGUUGGCAGCACACCAACACCACUCCACUCUCCCCACACAACUGUGAUAUACCAGCAUCGCUGACAUUCAAGGGCAUGCAGACAGCCAGAGAAGGUAGUCACUCUGUUACAGCUUCUGCUCUCUGAUAUGAAGUUCAGUUUUGAAUAACUUCAUCCCAACCUCUCUCUCUCUCUGCAUCAGCCAGUCCUCUUCUCCCCCCCCCCCCCAAGGCCACACUACUUUACCCUUUCUUUCCCAAAUCUUUCCCACCUCCUUUCCAGAUUCCUGUUCUUUGUGUUAAUGACACUUAAAUAUUUCUUGCCCUAGCUUCUCUUCCACAGAAAAGCUGAAAAACUUUAGGAUUUAAAUAACAGAAGCAAAAUUAAGGAUUCGAGACAUUUUCUGUUGCUCACACAGUGUUUUUACUUGUGGAAGAAACCUGCAUCCCUCAAAGGGCUCAAGAAACAUUUUUUUUAUUUCAUUGGUAAAACCACACGUGUAUAUUUAUUCUAAAUCAACCUGAACUUUUAAAAUGUGCAAUUUGUUGUUGAGAUUUGUGAAAAUCAAUAAAGGAAAAUAAACAUUGAAAAAACUUAUUCUAUACCUUCUAAUCAACCAAGGUAACCAAGUAGAUUUUGAUCCAGAAAUUUAUCCACCUAGAAAACAAAUCAACAACCAACCUGUUUGAGUGAGCCAAUUUAUUUGUGACAGAUGGCUUAAUUGGAGUAUGGGUGGAAUUAUAUGUAGAAGCAAGGCAAUAUUUCAAUUGCUAUUCCUUCCUGUGUUUCAACCUGGUUCCAAAGGCAUGCUUGUUUAUAUUUUCUAUCAGUUUGUAAAUAUGGUUUUGGGUAGCACUUGUGUUUUCAUGCCUUGGUACUUUGCUAUUCCUCCAUGUCCCCACCAAUCUCCAUACAUUUUAGAAGAAACUUUUUUUAAAAGGGUGACUUUCUGGCGAGCUGUCUUUGUUUGGUGGUGGGCUACUCAGGCACCGGUAAUGUGGACUCCCCAUCCCAUCAAUUUUUGUGUAUGCAGUGAAGGCUUCAACAUUUCGUGAAGGACAUUUUCUUUCUACAACAGAGGAGUGAAAAGGCAAACAGGACAAGUCAAUUUACCCUACUGUAACUGAACUACAACACAUGCCAAGUGGAUAAAGGCAAGCAGGUGGAACAUAUCUAGACAACAAAAACUAUUGAGGAAGUCACUUAGAAGCUUAAGUUUAACGUGAAACAAAAUGCAAAGACAAUUUUUACAAUGAACUUGUUAAAAAAACCACUGUGAAACAAAGUUGUAUUUUUAUUGUUGACUUACAUGUAUGUUCAGCAAUUUCAGCUCAAAAUUGUAUUGUAAUUUAAAGAAAAUGCAAAGUUUGGCUCAAGUGAAUGUAAAAAUGACUUGCUGUGAAGUUUACAUUGCUGUACAGAAGCAUGUUUCACAGGUAAACUGGUGGUGGUACUAGACAUACAAAUGCUACUUAAUUUUUAACAAAUUCCCUGUAUUAAUUUUUGGAUUUAAAGGAAACUCUUUAAUUGCUAAAUCAUUCCAUGGCAACUGUUUUCUGAUUUAAUGUUAAUUAUAGAAAAUAUGGGGGGGUGAGUGUGUGUAUUUGUGUGUGUGUGUGUGUGUGUGUGUGUGUUCAUACUUCUUAACUACUUUCUUGCGCAAAUUUCUACAGGUUUCUUCUGUUCUGUUUAGAAAUUUCCUCACAUGCUUUAAAAUAGAAGCAUGGAAAUGAUUUGGUUUCUUUUUUAAUUGGCAAAAUUCAUUUGUUAGAAUGUUAAUAUAUUGUGGGAUUUUUUUUUACUUGUGCAAUAACUAAAAGGGUAUGUCACUAGAGAUGAAUGUUAAAGAUUACAUUCAUGAAAUAAUUUUGAUUUCUUCAUUUUGAUGCUACACACAGCUUAAAUGGCAAUCCAGUUCCUGCUACUUCAAUUUCAUGGUCUCAUCUUAAACUAGCUGGCUAGCUAACUAGACUAGCUAAGUUUAAAAACAUUCCCACAUAAACAGAAAGCAAACUCCUCACAAAAAUCAUGUCCAAGGAAGCCCUACCCCAUUCCCCACCCCAAGCAAUUGUCCUAUAGCAGCCAAGCAACCUAACUUCGUACCACAAACAGACUUACCAGUUUAGGAGCAGGGGUAAAUAGGAGCAGUUGAACUCUCAGGGCUUCCUUUGAUCUUAUUAAACUCCUAUUGACAACCAGGAGUAUCAAGUCUAGUGAAAACGUAGACUAUAAACCAAAAGAAUGAGAGGUGCCAGGCCAAUGUUUUGCACACACUUUAAAAAUUGUCCAAAGAAGGACUUUUCUGCCUAUCAGAAAAAAACUGACAUAGGUAACAGAAUUAUUCACUGUCAAAUGUUUUGCAGAGUUUUCUGGUGAACAGAGGGCCUUUAAACAACACUAAUUGUUACUGGACAGAAAUGAAACCAACUAUUUUGAUUUCUUUUUUUAUGCAUUCAGAAGUCUCUUGUUAUUAUGCUAUUUAUAAUUAGUUUCUUCUGGUUCUUAUAUUUUUAAUAUGGAAAACUUUUGUUUGUUUGUUUUUGUCCAAGGGUUUAACACCAGUGAAUUCACAUGGUGUAAAUUGAAAAUGACAAAGCAAACCCCAAACAUUAUUUGCUAUUGGAACUAUCUAACAACUUAAAGUUACUCAAAAACUCCAAAAAGAAGGGGAAUGCAGUGGGGUUUUUGUUUGAUUGUUUUUGUUCAUUAUCACUGACAUAUCUUCUCUGUUUCCCAGAGGGAUUUUUUCUUAAACUGGCAGAUAUACUCUUUAAAUGUAUUUUUUUCCACAUUGUCCAUAAGGAAAGGUUAAAACUCCAAUUACAUGGCCUUUAUGCAGGCAAAGUCCUCUUUGAUAUGAUUUAGGAAUAACCUGUGUAGCUAAAAUGCAAUUGGAUCUUAUUGAAGGCACAUUCUUGGUUUUCUUUUGCAUUUCUGUUUUUAAUCGUCCUUUUAUUGAAAGAUUGGGCUAAAAUAUAAUUAAAAAUCAUGUUGGAAAGGAUGUACAACAGAAGGUGUAUAUAAGUAUGUUAAAAGCCUUUUAUUUUUAUAUUUUGAAUGCUCUAAAUUAAUAAAAA